UGGGGUAUAUCACCUCAGCUUACUUGACGGUGGGCUCUCCUCUCACUCUGCGGUUGCUGCUGGUUGCUGUCAUCAUGCAGGUGGAAUCUGCGCAACGGACCUCCGCGUAAAGAGCACCGACCAUACACAGCAGCCUCCACCGGCCUGCAGCGACCAUCCAGCGGACACUGGACUCUGGAGGUCGGGCUGUUCUCUCCGCGGAAAAAACGACAAACUGGACGGCCAGAUUUUUUUUCACCACCUGGACUUUGUUCAGAUGUUUUUUUUCCCUUACAGCUGAAAGAGAAAUUGAUCUGCCGUUAUCCUGCUGGAGGACCAACACGUUGUUGUGUUGAUGCUGUUGGAUUGUUUUCCUCCCCUGCUGCAGUCGAACUCAGCUCAAGUCGCAGAGGAUGCCACACAACCCUUUGGAAAGUGACAAUUUCCCACAAACGAGAAGGAGGUAAUCUUUAUGCUGCGGGUUUUUGAGGAGUAAACACACAAAAACGAUGGAUGAAGGCACUGCCACAGAGACCAUCCCAGAUCUGAAAGACAUAGAGGUGAAAAUUGGCCGGAAGACCCCCGAGGGUUUGCUCAGGUGGAUGCGGGAAGAAGCGUCCUCUCUCCGGGGAGAUGCCAAGCUGAGUGCCGCGCACGACACCAGCAAGGAGACGGGGAGGAAGAGUCUGGAUGAGAAGAUCAGGAAACUGAAGAUGGAAAUGGUGAGAGUGUGUUGGUUGAUAGUGUGUGUUUCAGAUCUGCUUUCAGUGAGGGCAACACAUCAGGUCAGACUCAUACUAAAAAAGAGAAUUUGAGUCAGGUCUGAUCCACUGGACUUUUGAUUGUAAAUGUUCACUAUUUAUCAUAUCAGCAUGUUAUUUCAUUCAUAUUCAUUAAAAAUCCCCUCAGUAUUGAUUUACCACUACAAAGAUACAGUAAGAUGAGCUACCUUAACAACAGAAGAGGUCCUAUAACUGUAGUCCAACCUGUUUCUGUGCUUUUUGAAUGAAUAGCAAAUUCAAUUGAAGCCAUUUCAUGGUGACUUUGACUACCAAGUGUUUAAGACUGAUUACUGAAGCCAAACAAAUAUUAAUAAGUUUGAAUAGAUUUAAAGCUCCUGUGAGGAACUUCUUGCUUUUGUUGAUUUGGUGCCCCCCGGUGGACUGAGUCAUCUUUGCGUAGGUUGUCCUCUACAUUUCAGUCCUGUCGAUUAUAAAAAGGCAUCAAUCUAGAUUUCAGCCUGUUUCGCCAACACCAAAAAGUCCUCACAGCGACUUUAAAGCGUCUGUGAGUUAUUUUUUUUUAUGUUUCUGAAAUGCAAAGCUGUCUCAUCCACAGGGGGCGCCAAACUUGGUGGUUUUAAGAGGGUGUUGUGUUGCCUAUUUUUUGGCUGGGGGUCAGUGACUACCUCAGGCGUGGAGUUGGCAGGCACACUGGUGUUGGUGGUGAAAUUGGGUGGUAUUGAUUUUUCUCCUCCGCUCUUGGCAAGAAGGCAAACAGCUUUUCUAUCUUUCCUCCUACAGCCUUAUUCUGAGCUGAAUAACAAAAGUAUAUACUAUGAUUGCAAAUGUAACCUCACAGAACCCUGCAUAUCCCGGUAAUAUCUGACGCAGAUCUUGAUCAAUACAGCUGAUUUUGCUUUAUAUACAUAGAGCACUGUUGAUGGUGACAUAUAGCUGAGCAUCACAGCGGAGGGAGGACUCUGCAUCAGAAUAAUCACUCUACUUAGAAAAUAGUAGUACUUUUGUCGCCUUUGUUUCAUGGGAGUCUUUUAUUUGCUUGAUCUCACUAAAAGUACUUCUGGACUGCUAUACCAACUCAAUCUGCACAUGUACAAUCACAAACCCUGUAUUUUCCUUCUCCAGCCAAGUCUUUCCUUCAUUUGACAGCUGAUUAUUUUCCCUUGAGUGUUUGAUUCGGUCCAUUCAACAAACAGCUCUCUUGUGUUUGUUUACAUGGGCUCUGCCCCCUCCAAACAGUGGAGGUUUGCAGCAAUAAUGAACCGCUUUUCUCUUUUUUUUUCCCCCUCUGGGAUCAUUUAUGUUAGAAAUUCCUCUGGCUAUGACACAUGCACCGCAACGCCACCGAACCCCUAAACAACAAGAGAGUCACUCAGAAACACAUCAGACCUAAACAAGCAAAUCAGGCUGUUUUAAUGUCAGAAAUAGAAACUUAUUUCACCUCAGGGAUGGAAGACUAAAGCGAAGGUGCACUUUAGAGGUCUGUGAGGAGACAGUGCUCUCUCCAUGAUGUAACUGAACACUUCCUUACAAUACAUUAUCUAAUAUCCUUUUAGGAAUAUGGACCCAUAAAUACCACCAGGGUUAUUUCGCACUUUCAUUUAAAAGAAUCACAUGACCAAACAAGCAUAGAGAUUCACUGUGUGCUGUAUACUGCAUGGGUAUGUAAGUGUGGCAUGGAAGGACAAGAUUCAAGCUUCAUUGCUUGUUAAUUAAUGGUGACUUUGAGCUUUAUUUAGUUAGACAAUACUACAAUAACAAAUCUGUAUUUUUGUUUGUUUAAACGUCUCGCUCUCUGUUUCUCUGUCUUCUCAAACGUUCUCACCCCGUCCAGUUGAGGCAGAUGGCUGUGCCCUAAUAUGUCUGGUUCUGCUCAAGGUCUUUGCCUGUUAAAAAUAAGAUUUUUUUUCCACUGUCGCCAAAUGUUCCCAAGAGCUUGCUCAUGAUAGAUUUAUGUUGAGUCUCUUUGAAUAAUAUAACAGAGAACAGUCUGGACUUGCUCUUUUUGAAAGGUGUACAAGGAUAACUUUUGUGAUGAUUUAACUAUGUAAGUAAAAAUAAGGGUUUUCUUGGUUAACAUACUGCAACAAGCUGCUUUUACACUGGAAUACAGCACUUGUGUCAGAGUCUUAACACUGCAGGCACCCCAAAUAGCCUUUUAGCUGUAUAAUUUCUGACUUUAUGAACAUAUUGGCUUGUAUUUUUAAUAUAUUUAACAGUGAGAACUUCCAGUCCUGGCAUAUGAAGUCAAUGCAGGAGUGCUAAAACUGCAACUCCUGCUUGAGGCUGGCUGCAGAAACUCUGGAAAACACAUUAGGCCAAAAUAUCCUGUUUUUAUAGCAAAGGUUUUGAAUAUUAGGAGACCAAUGAAAUAUCUGAGUUACGAUGUCAUCACGAUUGUACAUUUCUUUGUCUAUCAUCGUCAUGUAGUGAAAACCUGAUAUUGUGACAGCCCUAAAUCCAGUCACAGGAGUGUUUACGUGCCAGCUAAGCGGCUAUCUGAAGGGUUGAGUGUGUUCUCAUCCGACGAUAAUUAGUCUUUGUCAUCAGGUGUUGAGCUUUAGUGCUGGUACUUCAACACAAAAACAACACAACAAUGAAAAAAAUACACAGCUGUAAUUGAGCAGUUAAAGCGCUAAGAACAAAGUUGAGGGGCAUUUUAACAAGCUUAGGGUACCCAAACUGGUAACUAAGUUACAGACAGCAAAGCAUUUUGUGACUCAACCCUCUGUGACUCAUCUCAGUGAGAAAUUUUGGCUCUUUUUAAGCUGAUUUACCUUUUUCUCGAACACAUCCAAAUAUGAAUUCAAAGAAAUUCAAAAAUAAUCUGUUUUUUAAGGAAGCAACAGCUGAUCUGGUCACUAAAAUAGUGAUCAGAUAUACAUUUUUAAGUUUUGAUGCACAUUUACGUAAACUAAAGCAAAACAGUGCUUCUUUGCAUACUUAAAACGACCAUAGCUGCACAUUGCAAAACCUGAAAUUGAAAAAUAAGGGGGUAAUAAUAGUCAGCCAGUCUAUUCAACUUAACAAUUUUAAAAAGUGAUGAUAAAAUUAAUGAAUAUCAGGUUAUAUCUAUUAAGUAGAUCUAUUCAGGGACAUCUUUCCUCAGUUUGUCAAAAGAGUCAAAGCUAGCAAAACUAGAAUACAAUAUUUGGGGAACUUAACACUCAACAUUUUUAAAAAUCUCUACUUAUUCACUAAGUAGACUGUGUGUUAGAGAAAUUCCCUCAUUUUGAAUUCAUAAAGCUUUCAGAGUUUUUCCAUAUCUGUGAAGAGCAGAGGGCCAGACUGAUUCCUUUUAACAGUUUUUAUCAGGUCUGCCGCAAAAAAAGGACUGACUGAGAGAGAUGUGAUGAAGAGCCACCUCCUCACUGGAGGGGAGCGAAACUGUGUGUGUGUGUGUGUGUGCGUGUGUGUGUGUGUGUCUGUGUCUGUGUGUCUUUUACUCAUCUGUGAGAGUGCUGGAGUGUAAUGGGAGUGCAGAAGAAGAGCUGUGAGCGCUGCACUUUCAUCAGGAAUCUGCUUAGUAAGAUGUGCAGGAACACGUGUUUGUGCACAAUAAAGACGGACUCACAUGAACUAAUAUACACACACACACACACACACACACUCACACACAUAUUUAACUCGAAUUGGAGCCCAGAGAUGUACUUUUUUCUUCAACACUGAAUACUUGGUCAUACUGAUCAUAUCCACAAACACAUAAAGCGUUUUAAGCAGCGAGCUAAUAUCCACCUCUUCUCCCACUGUUGUUGUGUAUUUGUGUUUGUCUGUAUCCUCUUGUCCUGCACAGUCAUCUGUUAAUCUUCAGAGUCUGUAACCACACAACAUGCUGGUGUUGAGCUGCAGCAUCUGUCUACUGUAAGAUCUAAGAUGUGCAUUAAAGCCUGUGUGUGCGAGCCAUGUUGACACCGUGUCACCCGCUGUAAUGAAAUGAGGCUCUGCUUCUUGUUAACAGUCAGCAAAAACAGGAUGUUUGUCUGCAUCUUCUUACAGUCUGUGUUAGACUGAAACAAACAGACACAAACUUUGAUCUCAGUUUUACAUGUUUUGAACAGAUUUAUCCGCCCCCGAGAGGAUGCUGGACACUUCCUUUCUUUCUUUUGCAUACAGUAAAGGGUUUUGAUGCAGUGGAGUGGUUGUUUGAUGCAGUUUUGAUCGGCAUGUGGUGAUGAGACAUGACUUCAACUGCAGUUUCAAGGGGGGAUGUUUGGGGCUGCUAUAAUGCGUUGCUAUGGCUGGUGAUGACUUAGUUGAGGGGCACAGUGUUGACUUUGUCAAUUAGCUAUCCCAGCAUAUUUAGAAAGAUGUCUCACAGUUUUGAUCUGCUCUGAAUCAGCAAAGAUGAUGAUACAGCUGAGAGCAGAGCAGUGAACUGUGUUUGAAGUCUGUCACUACAAAUACAGUAAAAUUUGGUCAUACGACUCCAGUACAGCCUUUCUAAUCAUAAACAUGUGCGGAAGUUAAAGCUCCUGUGAGGAGUUUUUUGGCAUCUAUAAAAUUAAAUUAAAUUAAAUUUGAUAACUUUUCAAGAUAUCGAAAAACCAAAAAGACCAAGGUCAGUGAUUUUUAGUUCAUUUCAGUUUCAGUUCAUUUCAUUGAUGACAAAAAAUUCCUUAGAGGAGCUUUAAUGCCUAUAAGGGAUGUAAGAAGGUACAGUAGGUGCAGCCAUGUCUUUAAAACUUCCAUAUUAAAUAGUCACGAUAAAUUAUUUCAAAAUUCAGCAGGAGGAGAUUUUUUCUGUUGAAGUAUGAAGACAAGAUUAGCAAAGAUGUGCUAUGUCCACAGGGGGCAGCAAAGUUGAUUCAUCUAAAGUUCCUCAUGGGAGCUUUAAAUGUUGCUGUAUAUUGGUCAGAUUCAAGUUUCUCUGUUGUUGUUAAAUCAAACUAGACUCAAACUUAUGAAGGGCAAAAAUAGACUCAGAUUUGUCUAAAACUAAAAAGCAUGUUCGAGUAAAGACUAAGGCUAAGAUCUAAAACAGCUGCCUUAAUUUAAAAUUGAUUCAGGUUAAGACUCACAGCUUAAAAUAACUGUUAUAAAAUACUUUGGAAGAUGACCGAGAGUUUGCAGUUCAAGAAGAGUUUAUACAUUAAGAUUUAAUUCUCAUUUCUUUGCCCCGUUUAUAAAACCGAGAAUUAUGCUCAGUGUCUUCAAUCAUUUCUUUGUUUGACUAACCUCUCAAAUUUUAAAUAAUUGAUUAGUAUUAUUGAACAUAUAAAGUUUGGCUGUUUUUGAAAAUUUUUGCACGAAAUUGUGAGAAAGAGAAAUAAGGAGAAAUACAUCUCCAAAGAUUGCUGAUGGAUUUUUACUGACAAUAGUACAGAGAGUAGUUCAUUGGUGAUCUUGACUGUAUCAGACAGUCUGUUUGCUGUCUGCUGACAUUUACCCUCAGACCUUCUUCCUCAGUGCUCAUGUCUCAGUAUGGUAGGGAGCAUUUUACAGCACAGCGAGCUGGAGGCAGAUAAACGUUGUUAUUAACGCUUGUAGUGUUGCUGCUCAUUCCUGUGGAGGAGUGUGAAGCCUCUGUCUUUCAUCUGCAGCUGUUUUGAAGCACACACCUUCUCCUCUCAUCUGAACAGAUUUACUGGCUGCUGAGACGUUUUUUACAAUACUGCACCCUGCCUCAAACACACUCAUAAAAACACACACAUCAGCUGCUCUGCAUAUUUUGCACAAGAUCAGCUGCAAAAGGAAGAAUAAAGGUUAAGUGUUAUUGUUCAGGGUAUGUUUUUUUAGUUUUGUCUGUAUUUGCUCGUUUCUUUCUCCCUGUCGCUUUUGUUCCCUGUCGCUCGUGUCCUCUGUCGUUCACCUCUGGGCAGAGGAAUGACAGUGCAAAGUCAGCUUUAAGGGCAGAGCCGAGCUGCAGGGAAUUCAGAUCUACUCGAUUCAAUCUCACUAUUCUGUCUGCCUGCUGGCUUCCUACACAAAUGCAGUCGAUGCAGGAGUUUGUCUAAUGCAAUCACUGCCAAACGACUUAAGCUCCUAUUUUUUAUAGUGAUUAAAGCUGCUUCAUGGAAAAAAUGAACAAACUUACAAUCAGACACAGACAGAAAAAAAGAAAAAUAUGCUAAAUAGAAACACAAAACUACAUUAUCACUAAUUUAAAUUCCAUCAAUGGAUCCAAAAAGGAGUGGGAAGGAGUAACACUCACAGAAUCCCACUCCUUCUUCUUCACUGAAUAGUAAUUACUGAUCGAGUUAACUUUCUCUUUCAUACACCAUCCAGUGGAUUAAGACAAAGCUUUUUUCCCAAAGCUCCUGUGAGGAGUUUGUAGCUGAAUGAAAUUGAUAUCAACGCUCCAUGAAUACCUAAAAGAUCAUCCGCAGUACAACUAAUAACACUCAACCCAUGACAGUGUCUACACCCAUCAAUCAUCUAUGCAUGAGUGUUAACAGCAUGCUGCAGAAACAGGCCUGUCGACAUUUUCCACUACCAAGAUCCACAGUGACAGAUUUCAAAACUGGAUGAGGUAGUUUAAAAACAUUGAACAAAUGUAGAGGACACAGUUAUCAAGGAUUAACCAAAUGUGCAGUGUAUGAAUGGGAAUUUUGAGCAAUAUCUGGUAACUGAACCAAAAUGCUCCCCCUGCCCACCUCUCCCUUUUGUGAAGUGAUGGUGGCCCAGGAGGAUAAAAAGCCUCUGUGAUGCAUAAUAAAUGUUGCCCUUCACUUGUCAAGUUGUUGCAGUCAAAAUGUGCACCUUGGAAAAUGCACGACCGUUUCAACAGCGGGCUAUCUUUGCAACAUUACCAUCACACCGGGUGUAGAGAGUCAGCAUAUACUGCAGGGAUAGUCAUUCUAGGGCUGCACUCAGAGGUGUGAAGGAAACCCUGAGUUUAGUGGAGCUAGUCUUGCCAGACUGGUGAAGCUUCAUUAUCGCAGCGAGCCACCUCAACACUGUCAGGCGUACUUCUGCAGUUUGAUGGUUUUAUUUGAUUUUCCAGCUCAUAUGGUGGGUUCAGUACUAAUUAUGAUAAAAAUGGGUUUUUCCAAGCAAAUGCCAAACGACGUAUAUCGUUAUCUAUGGGGCAUUACAGCUGUCCCCUCAGUCUCAUUUUGAUGCAGUCAGGUUUUAUAGGUUAAUGCACAGCACAAAAGAAAUCUCCGUUUUUAAAUCUGUAAGAGGUGGAAAAAGACAGCCACACUCACAGACAUCACCUGCAUUAGAAAUUUGAGUGAGAAAAGAGUCAAAUCUUUGUCAAAUAUUUUUAGAAGAAUUACCUGAUUUGGCCUCCAAAACAGGAAUACAACAGAGCGUCUAUAAAGGGAAGAAAAGAGACAUAAUGAUGCUUUGAUCAGCUGGAUAGACAGGAAGAGAGGAUGAAAAGAGUCUCUCAACAAGGCUGAUAUUUUAGAGCGCUUUCAGAGGUGAGCUUGGGCAGAUGGUGCUGUUGGAGGCUCAUGCAGAGACAGUGGAAACCUUCUGCUGUGUAUUGAGUCUGUAGAGCCUCUGCAAGGACGCCGUAUGUCUGCUCAGGGACAGAGUUGGAUGGGGAGGUGACACGACAGGCGGUGACACCAGAGAGAGAGAGAAAGAGAGAGACUGUGCAGAUGCGUAGAUGGUGUUUAUUUUGCUGCUGCAUGAGAGAGACCGAGCGUGUGUCUGAGCCGUCUCUGCUGGCUGUGAUUCAGCUGUCUGUUCAGUGACAUUGAGAAGCUGCUUUUACCACAUGGGAGAGUCUGUGCGUCAUCAAUCGAGCUUCAGUUGGGCAUGAAAUAAUCACAAUCUACUGUAUCCUCUAUAAAGGCCUCUGUAUGUAGACUUUUAGUUUGUCAGGACAUGAUUGAGAAUACAACGGUGAGAUGAUUAGCUGCAUUAUUAAUAAUGACAGAAAACUGGUCUAUUACUUCACCUAAACCUAAAAAUGAAGGUGUAAACAGCCAGUGAUAUGAUUGUUGCAGAUUACAGUGGGCCUAAUCUGUGAAAGUAAGACCCUAAAUGUUUUCACCUUCACUCCUAAAAAUACUAAGACUAUGUGAUUCUUGAAGGAUAUGUUAAAAACAAAAUUUAACCAAGGAAAAACCCACAGCAGUGAAAAUCAGCCUCCUCCAGAUUGGCAGCCAGCCAUUAGGGAAUAAAGGCUGGAUGACAUUUCUGCACAUUUGAGAAGGGAGACAAUGUUUUCCAAAUACCAGGGGUUGAGUUUUGGUGGCUGCAUGCAGAAGAAGUUGUUCCAGAUAUCUUGGUUUCCAGCAUCAUUUGCCUCCUUCUCCAUUUGGGCAUUUCGAGUUGUUCCCAGGCCAAAUUAGACAUAAAGUUGAAUGUGUCAAUAAAACCACCAACAGUGUCCCAGAUAGAUUUCCAAACCACUUUAUUUGGCUCCCCUAACUCCAAGAAAUACAAAACCCUGGGCUUUCUACACCACAGCCGAGCCCAGCCAACCUCUGGAGGAGCUCUAAUUUAUCCUACCCAAAUUUGUUAAUGUGUGUGUGUGUGUGUGUGUGUGUGUGUGUGUGUGUGUGUGUGUGUGUGUGUGUGUGUGUGUGUGUGUGUGUGUGUGUGUGUGUGUGUGUGUGUGUGUGGGGGGGGGGGGGGGGGGGGGGGGAGAGAGAGAGAGAGAGAGAGAGAGAGAGAGAGAGAGAGAGAGAGAGUGUGUGGGUGAAGUGGAAUCUGGAGCUCUCUCUUCCCUGUGACAGUCAGAUGCUCGAUCUAAAGUUUAUCAGAUGCUCAAAGCCGGAUACACACCACAAGAUAAUGGUGCCACUUGUAUGCCUGAUUCCUCUCUUCUAACAAAAGUCAGUCUGAAGAUUAUCUUGCCAGAUUAUGAGGUGUGUUCAGAGGGAUUUUCUUCCCUGUAAAUCUGUGCAGCAGAUGAUUGGAGCCUUCCCAACGUGAUAUCGUAAAUGCUAAACAAGUUCUGUGUUUACGAUCAGAAAUCCUUAUGUGUGGGGGAUCCUCAAAGACAGCCAGCAUGAACUUUAUCUGUUUGCACGUGGAACAACCUGAUUGCCAGUUGGGAGGCUCAAAAGAAUGUAGCUGUGACAACGAUAGUAAAUACAAAGCAUGGAUUUAGAUGGAUGUCAGAAUAACAGAACCAACUUACUGAUACACAGCAACAACGUGAGUGUCAACAGAGCGUGUUUGGAAAAAAAGUACCGGUUCGGAAAUGACAAAGGGAGAUGUUGAAAAGCUUUUGUUUCUGCAGAGGAAACACCAGGAAGAUGAGAAGUUAGCAACAGUUACUGUCCACGUUUGUUGACUCUUAAAGUCACGUUUGACCACAAGAGAUUUCACGAGAUUUAGAGUAAAUAUCAUUGCACAGGAACCAAACUGUUUAAUCUUUCAUUAUAUAUUGUCUUGUCUAGGGUCUCGGACAUUUUCAGAAGCAAAUUAGAUUUCAGAAAUCUUUUGCCGUGUAACAGACUUUAGCUGUUUGGGAUCUCAGCUCCAAACUUCUGAUCCAGAACAUUCCAUCAAAAUCAAAACUUUAUCCAGAAAUAAAAAUUUCCUGGAAAAUCUCCUCAAAAAGCUACAAAAUGAUGGGAAACAAUCCAAUGGAAGUCUGUUAUGUUAAACUCUCCAACAAUAAGCUCUUGCUUUUGCUGUUGAAGGUACUUGAUGUGUUUGGGAGUUGUGGCACGUUCUAGGUCUUACACGUCUCUUCUAUUUCAGGGAAGGAGAAAUAGGUCAGUCAGAAUCAGGAUUUAAAACACUUUCACUUCAAUUCCCUGAUGGAGAGGAGAUCACUGAAGAGUUUCCAUCAGCCAUCAUCUCCCGCUGUUGGUAUUCAGCACGAGUCCUCAAACUCAGCUAUACGUACUCUUACACUAAUAUGGACCAAAACCAGUUAUUUUCAGUGUUGUGCAGUUUUUAGAUUAACUUACUUGAGUGUUUGGUUAUUAGAGAGCUGAAUAAAAUAUAGAUUUAGGUUAGAGAUAUAAAAGGAUGUUUUUUCUAUGAUCUAUGAAAAAUCUAUGAAAAAUGGUGGGAUUAUUGUCUGCAUUGUUACAAAGGUAAGGAUAUGCAGACUUCGGUUUUAUGAAAAACAAGCAAGCAGGGAAGAUUCCUCUGCCAUGAGACUAAACUAUGAUUCAAUGCAGGAAAAGCCUGAAUCAGGUUUUACUUUCUCACCCGUUCUGCAGAUUUAUUGUACAUAAAUAAUGACAUUUAGCUGUAUAUUGUUCGCAGUGCAAACACAAGCUCUCGUGCACCAGAUACAAAAAGCAGAAAAUGAGCUUCCCAGGCUCGUAUGGAUCAGCCAGGAGCUGCUUGGCCUCCUGCCUAAGCAACUGAAAUCUGUUUGGCUGUGUACUGACGGCACAAACAUGAGUCAAACAUGAUUGAUGGUGUUUCAGUCCCUGACGCUGCCGACUCCUGAAUGUCCACUUCCUGCCCCUCAUCCUGACAUGUGUCACAUGAAAACCUUUGACCCCAGUUUGACCCUUUAGAUUAGACUGGGUACUCUUUAUAAUGAGUACCCAAUUAAAGGCUGCAUUCAGUCUGUGAGUAAUGAAGAUAAUUGAGAUGACAAACAAUUCAAGAGGCAUUUGGCAUGCACACAGACUGUUGGGACAAGGAUUAGCUUUUCUUCUGCUGUUGUUUUUCGGGACAUUUUGCUUUAUUGGAAAGGACAGCCAAUAGAGAUGAGAAAUGUGGGAAGCGGAGAGGAGGGUACGACUUGCAGCAAAGUGUCAUGGCCUGAAGUUGAACCGGUGACCACUGCAGCAUGGACUGUAGUGGAUAUACACGGGGCUCAGGCUCAAACCGCAGGGCUAAACUGGCACACUGGCAUUUUUAGUGCAAUGCCAAUAAAAAAACUAUCACAGCAAAUUCAAUAUCUUUAGGUUUAUUAUCAACCCAUUGAUUUAAUGGAGAAAAUAAGCAGAUUUAUACUGUGCUCCCUGAAGCUUUUUAUCGUCUCAGAAACUGUUUUAUGAUCAAUAACGUGCUUCACACCUGAGUAUAUUUUAAGAGGGGAACAAAUACCUUUGCAACUCAGCAGCUGAUUAGUCUGCCAGAUAUUUUCUGGGCAUGUUGAUUAAUCGGAACAAAUCAAUUAGCUUACAGAUUAGUUCAGAUUUUAUCUUUUUAUUUCUGGUAUUUUUCAGAUAAAAACUUGUGGUAUUACUAUCAUCAUGCUCAGAGUAAGUCUUCUUAUUACUGUGAACGUUAAAUAUUCUUGCACGGUCAAGAUUAACACUCUCCCCAACUAUUUUUUUCCUGCUUAAAUUACCAUCUGAGCUUAAAUGAAGCCUUCCAGCCAGAGCAGUAAAACACAGAGGUGUGAAAGAACCCAUGAAUUUAGUGGAUCUAAUCUUGUCAGAGGGGCCCGGCUCAACAGCAGCAGAGCCAGCACAGACCGCUGGAGCGCUCGGCUUCGUUAGCAUUGUGCCACCUCAGCGCUGACAGGCCAUGAGCUACUUUUACUGCCACCCUCAUUAGCUCAGCCAGUCCUCUGCCAGCCAAAAACCUCAAACCUCAAACCUGAACUCCACCUCAUGUGUCUGACUUUGCCCCAGGAUGUCAGCAGCACAUAUGGAGAGAAAGCUGGCUUUGGUUCCUGCUUUGUGUUUAGAAACUGCUCCUUUAACCAUGUGAUGUUUGUCUGUUUCACAUGCAGUACAGCUCUGUCAAUAUGGUGAAAAAAGCAGAUGUUACAAAUCUAAAUUCACAUAUUUGAUUUUAUGUCUUACUCUUUAUCUAAAAGUGAUUUUGGAUAAAGCAAAUCUGCUCCUGCUCCAGCGCUAACCACACAGUCCACGCCUUUAUUUUCUUACAAACAACUUCUACUGGACUGAUAUUUUGACAAAGUUGGCAACAGACUAAGAAAGAUGCUUCUCAUCCUUGUGGUUACUGCUGUUUGGAUUCCACAAGUUGAAAUUGUUCUCAGCAUUAUCGAGGCUCAUAUCAGAAAACCACACUGACUCAAUCUGCAGUACAAGCAUGCGUCCCUCCACUGGGCGGAUCCAGUUAAGUUAAUGUUAUGCAGGACUAAGACAGAAAUCAAUAUGUUCCAGCCUGAUGCUUUAUUGACAUACAACCUGAAGAGUCAGAAGGACCUUAUAGGAAAUAGCAAUGAGGUAAACCAAACCUCAAUAAGGUCAAAAACCAAAGGUCUGGGUCACAUAUGGUCCCUGUCGUUCUACCUUUAUUUGGUAUGAGUGUUAAACACAGAUUUGUCUCACUAACUCGGAUCAUAAACAUUAUUUAUGUUGACAAGCGCUGUUUUUGGACUCAUCCCUGAAUUUGCCAAUUGUAUGACAGCAUGCUGUAUUUUACAUACAUUCUAUCAUAAUGCUGUAUAUUUACCACAGUGUGGUAAGACUUUGUAGCGUAACACAAGCAAGUCCAUGAGCUUAUGGACUGUAUUCAUGGCCAAAGUUCACUAGCUUCUAUUUUAAGGUGUGCUACAUUUAUCAGACAGCAGUAGUUACAGGUUGAAAUAGAGAUUACAGUCAUGAUAAAAUAUAUUGAAGUUUUAAGUGCCAGAGUGCCAAACCAUAUAUAUGCGUCUGUCCUUGAAGGACUUUUUUUGGGUAACAAUUUCCUUUUCUAAAUUUCUGAGCUUGGGACGGGUCGCAGAAGGGAGGACAUGAUAACUAAAGGCCAACUAAAUGUCAACCAAGAAGCAUUUUAAAGCCCAACACUGGCAGUCACCAGAUUGGAAAUGCUGAAUCAACUUUAACCCCAAAUGGGCAAAAAAAAAAUCAGCAAAUAUGUGAAUCUGUGGGAGGCUUCUGCUGGCAAACAGCUGCAAGGUGCCUGCCAUUCCAGUCAAAUAAUCAUCACCCCUAAUUAUGAAAACUUACACCUAACUCCUAACUGGACACCCAAGGAACUGCAGUUUUUGCACUUCUCCACCGGCUGAACACCAACUGGUUUUGAGCUCUUAAAGUUGCCACAGUUAUGUGAGACGAAACACACAGACGUAUAAAACUGCUUCACUUUCUCAAGAUAGAUGUGUAGUGGCCUUAAAAAGGACAGACCUACUGACAGUGAACUCAGACAGAUGGAAAAAGUAAUCAAAAAAGAAAUUAUUGCAAUGAGGGAAAAGAGAUACUGAAGGACUUAAUUCAGAGCUUAGAGACCGUCUGGUUAUCUGCAGAGGGGGGUGGAUAUCAUCAGACUGAGCUUUGGCUGUGGGUGCCAUAUAUCACCUCCUGGCCCCUGCACCUCACCGCAGACCUCUGCUAAUGUAUUCAGGGGAGGAAAUUUCCAUGACCGCAGCUGUCUUUUCUCCCUUAUUCAUCAUUUAGCUUUUUUUUUAAUGGCCUACACACACAUGCAAACAGUGCAUCAGAUCAAGUGUCUGUGAUAUGUUGGUGGCUUUAUUUUAUUGGAUGACACCAUUUCUAAAUAUAUUUUUGAGCAAUUUGUGUCACCCACAGGGUAUUAAGACAAAUUUUCCAUUUUUUGUCUUGAUUGCAUUCCCAGAUUGUUCUUUUUUUAAUUUGUCAGAAACUCCAACUUGUCCCUCUGUUUGUUUUUUGUCUUGUUUCCCUGUCUUUGUCACUCCUCUUCACCUCCACCUCACUUGUUUCCACACUGAAUGCAGUGUAUACUCAAGCUGCCAGUCUCUCUCACACUUUACUUCCAAUUAUGGGAAUGUGCAAAGGUUUAAUCACAAUAUGAUGGUGUUUGCACCGGUUGUUGGAGCCAAUGCUUAGAGUAAAUAUUUGCAGAGUCCCCGUGGUUCCCUGGGUUCACAGUUGGUCUGGUUCUCAUUUAUAGCGUUUUUAUCCUUAUGAGGAAUCGCAAACUACCAGAACAUGAACAAAGUAAAUUAACCAAACACCCUGAUCUAAUCCUUUUUGGUAAAGUUGAGUCAGGCGAAGUAUGCCUGUAAAUGCACCAUUUAAAGUUCAGUCAACACCACUUAGUCAAAAAGACGUCAUUAUUUGCAUGCAGGAGUUAUAUUUGGUGGUUUUGUCCUGCCUCUCCUUCGUGCAUACAUGGAAAGUCAAAGUCUGCAGCCAGGAGAGCACACCUCUCCUUUGUUGCAUGUGCAAAUGUGGAAAGCCAAGGCAGGAAGAGCAGCAGCAAAGACACAGGAUAAGAUGGAAGAGCUGGGGUAGUGCAAAGGAAGCAGCAAUAGAUGGCAGGCUGAAGCGGUUUAAAUAAGCACUGUUUUGAAAUGUUCUAAUUGGACGUGUGGACUGUAAUUGGCCGAGCUGUCAGCUGAUAUGAGCCGGCAUUAGGAUCAGCUAAUGCAGUGUGAACCAAGCUUGACUUUGUGACCUAUUUUCUCUCGCUGGUCUCUGGAGUCUUCCUGGCAUUAGCCGAUACUGAAACUCUGUGUCUAAAUUGGUGUUAAGGAAAAUGGUUGCAGAACAUCUCUACCUUAACGUCUCUUUGAUUUGACAUUGAUAUCUCCUUUCCCUCUCUGCAGGCUCACUUGCGCUCCGUGGACGUGAAGAUCUUGCAGCAGUUGUUGGCAGUCCACGAAGGCAUUGAAGCAGUGAAAUGGCUUCUGGAGGAGCGCAGCACCCUUACAAGCCGCUGCAGCAGCCUCACCAGCAGUCAGUACAGUCUUGGUGAGGGUCCUGACACCUCCUGGAGGGGCUCCUGGAGCAGCCUUCAGGACCCCAAUGACAAGCUGGACAACAUCUCCAUUGGCAGCUAUCUGGACACCCUGGCAGAUGACAUGGAUGAGUACUGCCCAUCCAGUUCAGAGUCAGUCAUCUGCUCCACCACACCGCAGGUCUCAGAGGCCACUGUUGGAGGCCGCACAGGGGCUACAGUCACUGCAUCUGGGGCAGGGGCUGGGGUUAUGGUGAGGUCUGGUCCCGGGGCUGGAGGUGGAAUUAAGGCGAAUGAGAAUGGGACUGUGGUUGGAAAUGGGAUGGAGGUGAAUGGUGGACCGGGAACUGGUGUUCCUGUUACCAUCACUGGAUCUGGAAUAGUGAAACAAGUCAGCUCUCCCCAAGCCAAGUCUGAGGGCCCUAAGCAGGACACCCCAGUCUGGACCAAGGCGGCAGAGACUGGCAAAGGAAGCCUUGUUUCUAAGGGCAACAGCCAGACACAAGGUGCUAAGGUUAAUGGCGUCUUGGAGAAACCACCAACAGUGCAAACUGGCAGCCCAACCCGGUCCAGCCUGAACGAGAAGCUGGGAAGCAGCAUGAGCCCUAAACUUAAACCGUACAAAAACGGCAAGAUUGACUUGGACACUUGCAAAAUGAAUGGCAAAAUGCAUCUGGAGUACGACGCACACUGGCGGUGGGUGCAGUCGCAAGAGGAUGUGACAUUUUUGUGAGAAGGAUAAUGAGAGGAGACGAUUGGAGCCACUGUUGAACAGCCUCUCUAUAGAAUCAAAGACCAGAUCACUGGAGUAGAGAAGAAAAGCAAACUGCUGUUUAGAAAUGCACAUAGCGAGGCUGUCCGUGAUGAUCAACACUGGGUUUGAGAGACAAAGAAUACAUGUUUGUCCCAAUGUUCCCCUGUGACUGCACUAACUCUCUAUAAACAUUGAUGUCAGUAUUAAGGCGGAUGCACAUAACAGGAUUCUGACCAUAUCCGGCCACACUGGGCUACUACAAAACACUUAGGUAAACACAUUUAAAAAUCCUGUAUCCUAGUUUCUCUCAGGGCCUCUCUUGGCAUUCCCUGAUUUUCCUAAUUUCUUUUUUCUUUGCUUGUCAAAAGCACAGCGAGAUGGACGGCAAGAAAGCAGAAACAUGACUUCAGAGUGUCACAGUAUAACCAGUAAAUUAGAAGAUUUGAUUCAUAAUUUGACCUUUUUCCUCACUAUACUAAAUCCUAUAAACUGCAAAUCCUCUUCUUACACUAAAUCUAUAAAACCCCAGGUUUUCAUGGAUUUAAUGGAUAAAGAACCCUAACAAAGAUUCCUGACCCUCCUUAAAGAGUAUUAUUCUGGCGUCUACUUAAUGACUUUCUUUAUGGGGCUUCAACAAUCAUUGCUGUCUUUAAUUUGACUACUAACAGCAAAUUUGUGGUUUGGUAAUUUUACUUAUCUUAUCAUUUAAAUUAAGAGACCAAAGUUUUGCUCAUCAACCUAUUUAGUCAAAGCCUCAAAUUUGUAUGUAUUAACCUUCUAACCUAGACCAUUUAACAGAAAAUUUGAAGGUAUUGUCAGUAUUACUUGAAGUAUUUAAAAAGAUUAAAACAAGUUCCUAUCCCAAGUCCUCAAAUACCCAUACUUUGUUACACCUCUGCAGAUCCUUUCAUGGCCAAUUCAUGCUUCUUUAAAUGUCAAGUUUUUCCAACCCGGUACUUAAGAUAUGGAAUUUUUUCAGAUUGAUGGAUACAAUACUGUACUGUAUCAUAUGAUGAGAUACGAUACAAUGCCAUAUGAUACAAAAUCACCUCAAUACUUUAUGAUACUUUACUGUAUCACACAACACAAUACGAUCAAAACGGUAUGAUAUUCUACUGUAUGACAACACAAUCUGAGAUGAUCAACACAAUAUGAUGCAGUACGAUAUCUUACUGUAUCAUACAAUACGAUCAAAACGAUACGAUACAAUAGAAUUUAUUAUGAUACGUAAUGAUACAAGGUCAUACAAUGUAAUACAAUGUGGUAAUAAGUGAUGUGGUACAGUAUUGAAGAUAUAUUAAAAUAUAUUAAGCCAUAUGCUACAAUAAGAUCCUGUACCAUUAUAUGAUAUUUAUUAUUUGAUAGUACAUGAUACGCAACAAUAUGAGACAUGUUAUUUUCUAUUGGAAAAAUAGUCUUAAACGUAAUUGAAAUAAUAACGAAAACAACAAGAGCAUUUAUUUAACCUUAAGAAAGUCAUAAAUUGCGCACAGCAGCAAAAUGCCACUCCCAUUUCUUGGUGUCUAAAAUGACCAUCUGUGAGUUAAGACCAAGUCAAGGUCACUUCUACAGAUGCCAAGGAAUGCUUUGUGCAUCUGUCGAAGGGUCCAUAGUGCUGGUAAAUGAGGACUUGGGAGUGAAACCAACUUUUUUAAAAGAGCUUGUGGUGAAACUUGUGGCAUGUUCAUCCCUACAGACAUAGGUAAAUAAACAAAAAGUAGAGGAUGUGAAAAUAGACAACAGAGUUGUGAGGUCACGUCACUUCACGUUUUCCUAAUUGAGAAAUAAUGUACCCACUGUUAGCCUUUAUGUCUUUGUGGAGCUAAUACCUACAGUGUUAAACAGCCCUCUACAAUAUUGUAUAUUCACUGAAUUGCAAUACAGCUAGUUUGUGAAUCAGGUACUUAUUGUGACUGGUUGUAAGCAAAUAUUGAAAUGGGUUCUUUUUCUUUUAAAACAUUAUGGUAAUGUGUUAGUUUUUACAAACAAAUGUUGUGCCUGGUUGGUGUAAACCUUAACUACAAAUGCCUGAAUGUUUUCCUUGUUACCUGACUGCACUGUUGAUUAGAUAAUCUGAGUUUUUGAAGUGGUUUUGUUUGUAUUAUUUUUGGCUCCUACCGGCCUCUGCUUGCGUGUACAAAUGGCUAGACCAACAGUCUGUGUGCUCUCGCCAUGUGAGUGUUGACUUUAAAAGUGUUAUGUCGGCUGGGUUGAAUAUUGCAUGCCCUGUGCUGAGAGCUUUAUUGGAAAAAGUCAUGACCCAACACCAUCAGAGAAGAAAAGCAAUACAGUAUUUCUCGAAUCCUCUCUACCGGCUUAUAUAAGCAGCGUCUGCUCAGCAAAUAAAAUCAAAUAAUACCGUCGUUUUUCUACAGGAAACUCCAAGACUACUGACAGGGAGGGUAUGUGUGAGUCUGUGUAUGCAUGUGUAUGUGCUUCAGCUAGUGUCGACACACAUGCUGACUACCUGGCUGAGCACAGCUGGCCUGUCAGAUUUGGAUAAGAAUAGACUAAUCCCAAAGGUUUUGAAGAGUUUUCAGCUCAUUCAUCACAGUGUUACUCCUUCUCUCCGGUCUGCUUUUAGAAACGUUAAUGCUGCAACACUCGUCGACAAAAGGAGCAGAACAUGUUACAUCAUCAGUGUUACUCUUAUGCUGCAGUCUCCCUUCACUCCUCGGUCCUUUUAAUGUCUGGAUGUGGACCUCUGUAACCCUCUCAGAUCUUCUCAAAUCACAGCAGCGCUCUUUUUCAUGAACAGUCCUUUAAGUACAAUGUUUCUGAGUACUUUGCAUGAACAUAUUGCAGUCAGUACUUAUUUAAAGUUGAAAGAGUAGUCCAGCUAUCAAAGUUUGGUUGAUAUUUGUUCAUUUUCAAUCAAUGAAGAUAUCCAGACUUACUAGGCAGCUACAUGAAGAUGCUAAACUCUACAUCUCCAUUUGUUGGAGCCGCUGAAGUGUUCCCUGCUUUCUGUCACCACAGUGCUCGGAUGGAAAUGAUCAGUCUGUGCCAACACACACAUCAUGCACACACAAUGCCCUCUCAUUGGAGACAGCAUCAUAAAGCAAGCACCACAGAAGUGACUUCAGGCCAGGUCUUGGAGACAGGCGAGGAAAAACUGCACGAACUGGACCUUAAACUCUUGAACAAGUAGUCAAAUUUUUAUAAAUCUGUCUCCCCAUCUUUUUGCUUUCCCUUAAAAUAACAUAAAAAGAGAGAGAAAACUAUCUCAGCCAUGGCAUAUCACCCACUGACUGCACAGACAUGAAGUCAUUUGAAGCCCUCCUUUUUGACAUAUGUGUUGGCUGUAAAGCGGCGUUACAUGCCAAAGAGGCUGUCUGCUCUGCUACUUUGUGGUUUUCUUUUCCAAAUUUUGCAGGGCCAUAUGGAAAAAGCCCAACAUUUCAGAGCAGGGAACAGACCUGUAAAACACAUUAUAUGAAGCUACAUUGUCUCUCAGUGAAGCUAAACUGGAGUUUAAUGCAGUAAUGUGUUUUCACUGGGCAUACACAGUUUAAAACGGGAAUAUAAACAUUGUUUAAAACCACAAACUGGCAGAGAUUUAAUGAGUGCUGACAGUCCAGGAGCCAGGAGAAAAAUCGCCUGUGGCCUCAUUGUUUUAUGAAAAAGAGGUAAUGACUCUGUGCAUGAAGAAUGGACGUUAUAAACUGGCAAGCUGGUCCAAAAUACCUGAAAGCCUCUCCUCGCUAUGCAGACUUUAUUUUAGUGGGUAUCAAGGUCGACACAAUCCUGAAAUCCUUCUCAUCUGCCCUUUUAUGAUGCCCAGGAUUUAUCAGAUGCCCGGUGCGUGAUGUGUUUGCCUUCGCUUCAGGUGCCAGGAACCCUCCCGGCUAUUCUGGGCACAAGACAAACAACAUGAUUACAUAGAUGAGUGGAUAUCCACACAGUUGCCAUGGCAAUGAGACCCAACUGGCCUCAGCUUUAGAGGCUACAUAGAACAAUGUUUAGUGCAGAGCUAUUGGCGGUAUUAGCGGCUCUGUUUGAAAUGAAGGGAGAUGAGUGGUGUAAAGUUUGAACAGAUACAGGACACUGAUAAUUAGCAUUAUGUUGAACACCUCUAUUGGUUAUUGAGGAUUAAUCAGAUAUUGAUUUUACCUCUUCACAGUAAGGUGCCCUGUAUAAAGGGGUUUUUAGCGGUAAGUUUUAACUGAGUCGUGCUUUGUCUCCACACUGCUGUUAAAACUAAAUAAUUUGGGAUACCAAGUCUCCUGUAUUUGCACAAAAAAGUCCUGCAGAAAAAUUAGUGUAAUUUACAACAGCUGAUUAAGUGACUAAAAAUGUAUUUAUACUUGUUUAACAUUUAAAACUGCAGAUCUCAUGAAUCUGUUAAAGGUCAGAAUCCCACGAGCAAUACCUAAUGAAUUAAAUACUGCAGAAUAGGAUUAAAACCAACCUUAUGUGACUUUUUUAGAGCAUUUUUUACUUUUACUGUUUACUUCUAACAAUAUCAUUAUGCCAAGGAUCAAAAAUGUGAUUUUACUUCACCAGAUAAAGAGCCAGUUUGGCCGCAGAUCUAAUGUUAUCGACAUGAUCAAACAGAAAUGUUGAAGAGAUUUCAUGAAAGUUCUUGAGCGAUAGGAGUCAUGAGCCACCCUGAGCCAACCAUCUGAUGUCAACUUCAAAAAUGUUUAACUGCAUUCCCGAAGAACUGAGGAAAUCCACUGUUUUAGGCGAGUUUUCAUCGACAUGAACACACAGCUCAGCCAUCCUCUCUAUGAAUCAUCUGAAAUGCUUUUAAGAGCCUUUUCCCUGCAGGUUUUGGCCUUUUUUUUUUUUUUUUGAGAAACUUAAAUACUGACAGACCGGUUAUGUCUCCAUGGAGGCCGAAUGGAGGGAUAAACAGUGAACCGAGCAGUACAGCACAGCAUGCAGCUAAGAGGAAGCUUCCACCCCCGGUGUCCUGCUGUUUUCUUCCUUCCUCUUCUACAUACACAAACACACACAAGCACAAUUCAACCCGGGACUGACGUAGGUCUCCUGGUACCUGACAGCUCCUCAAAGAGGGCUGUUCAGCUUUUUCUCUCCUUGAAUCUUAUUUGAACUUCAUCCCUUUUGUUAUCGUCCCAAAAUGCUUCAAGAAACUGAAGUGAAUCGAAACGAACCCCACUGGGUACACACUGAGCUCUGAACCAGGUCCAAGAUUUUACUGUGAAAACAAAGACCUUCAAGGAUUGAAAUAAAUCAGCCACCAACUGCAGUUCACCGAAUCAGCCAGUUCAAUAUCUUGCUUGAGUGAAUGGGAUUACUUUUAUUUCCACAUUUUUAGUUUGUUAUGCAGUGUGCCCACAGGAAAACCAUUAUUUUUUCUUUGUUAAGUGGAAAUGUUUGAGAUGUAACUGAUUCUGUUCAUUGAUGUGGAGAAAUAUAUUAUGCAGUAUGUAAAUUAUACAAGCUUAUCCAAUGAUUAAAGAUAUUUUAAAUGUUC